AUGAUGGUUAGCGACGGCCUUGGCCCUGCAUCCGUUUCAUAUGCUCGAUCAUACUUUCAGCACCUCAACAAGCUUCCAUACGAUCAUGAAAUGCCUCUCGACACUAUACACGUCGGUCAAUCCCGAACUCGCAGCUCAUCCACACUGGUAACAGACAGUGCUGCAGGUGCAACUGCAUUUAGCUGUGGGUUAAAAACCUAUAAUGGUGCCGUUGGAGUGGACCCCAUGGGUGACCCCUGUGGUACAGUACUAGAAGCAGCCAAACUACAACGUGGUAUGCGGACAGGCCUGGUCGCGACUUCGCGCAUCACCCAUGCAACGCCUGCCUCGUUCUCAGCACACAUCGGCGACCGCGAUCGUGAAAACCAGAUCGCAGUGCAACAAAUUGGCAACACUCCAUUGGGUCGGACACUUGACUUGAUGUUUGGUGGUGGAUUUUGUCAUUUCUUGCCCAACGGCACAGAACAAAGUUGUCGGAAGGAUGAUCGCGACUUGUUUCAAGAAGCUCGGGAUAAGCAUGAUCGCGAUCCAACUACCCAACCCAGUCUAACCGAAAUGGCCGGCAAGGCGCUUCAACUUUUGUCUGGAUCCGAUGAAGGCUUCUUUUUGAUGAUUGAAGGAAGUCGGAUUGAUAUGGCCGCCCACUCGAACGACCCUGCAGGCCAUUUGCAUGAUAUUUUGGAAUAUCAAAACACCAUUGCACUUGUCAAAGAUUUUGUCGAUCAGAAUCCAGACACGGUCAUGAUCUCCACGAGCGACCACGAAACCGGCGGUUUGUCACUCGCUCGCCAAGUCAGCACAGCCUAUCCUGAAUAUCUAUGGUAUCCGGACGUUGUUGCGAACGCUUCUCACUCCACAGUGUUCCUCGCCGACAUGUUACACGACCAGCCGCGACCCGUGGAGGAUCGCUAUAUCAUAGAGACGAUCCUCCAGAAAGGACUAGGAAUAACGGAUACUACAUCAAAAGAACUGCAAUGUCUGAAGACGACACCAUCGAUUAAGCAGUUGGACAAGUAUCUGGCCGAUAUGCUUUCUAUCCGGGCACAGCUGGGCUGGGCAACACAUGGGCAUAGCGCCGUGGAUGUCAAUCUGUAUGCUUACGGUCCCCAUGCCGACGAGUUGCGUGGUAGCCAUGAAAACGUGUUUAUUGGUGAUUUUAUCUCGAGGAUGCUGGACUUGAAUCUUACUGAGACAACGCAAAAUCUGAACAAAAACAACGACGGAUUCCAUGUGGUAGCUUUGUCGGAUGACGACAAAAUUGAAUAUACAAACCAUUUAGAUCGGUAUCAUUCAAAUCCUGGUCUUCUUCAUCACCUAUCCUAUGAUUAA